AUGGGUAUUCCAGCUGCGUUCAGAUGGCUAUCGAACAAGUACCCUAAAAUCAUCUCGCCUGUGGUGGAGGAUCAGCCGCUACAGAUGGAAGACGGAACGACCAUUCCGGUAGACACCACCGGUCCCAACCCAAAUGGAGAAGAACUGGACAAUCUCUACCUUGACAUGAACGGUAUCGUUCACCCUUGUUCGCAUCCAGAGGAUCGCCCUGCCCCCAAGGAUGAGGAGGAAAUGAUGCUCGAGGUUUUCAGGUACACCGAUCGAGUAGUGAACAUGGUCAGGCCACGGAAACUACUAAUGAUCGCUGUUGACGGUGUCGCGCCACGAGCAAAGAUGAACCAACAGCGAUCGCGCCGAUUUCGCUCUGCACAGGAAGCACAAGAGAAAGAGGUUGACAAGCAGGAGCUUCUCAAGCUUCUCAAACAACAAAAUGGCGGCAUUUUGCCACCUGAGACCCUCGAGAGCAUGAAUAAGAAGGCUUUUGAUUCAAACUCGAUCACCCCCGGCACACCCUUCAUGGACACACUUGCAACCAGUCUGCGUUAUUGGUGCGCCUACAAGCUCAAUACUGAUCCUGCUUGGGCUCGACUUAAAAUCAUCAUCUCCGACGCUACAGUUCCAGGCGAAGGAGAGCACAAGAUCAUGAACUACGUCCGCUCUCAAAGAGGCUCGCCAGACUACGACCCCAAUACCCGGCAUGUCAUCUAUGGCCUGGACGCCGACUUGAUCAUGCUGGGUCUUGCUACCCACGAGCCACAUUUCCGCGUACUGCGCGAGGAUGUUUUCGCACAAGAUGCCAAGGCCAAGAUGUGCAAAAUAUGCGGUCAAAAGGGACACGAUGCGCGCGUUUGCAAAGGCGAGGCCAAGGACAAAGACGGCGAAUAUGACGAGCAAGACAAGGCUGUAGACUUGAAGCCUUUCAUAUGGCUUCACGUGUCCAUAUUCCGAGAGUACCUCGCUAUUGAGCUUGAUGUACCCGACUUGCCGUUUCGAUUCGAUCUCGAGCGCGCAAUAGACGACUGGGUAUUCAUGUGCUGUUUCGUGGGCAACGACUUUUUGCCCCAUCUGCCGGCCCUAGAAAUCCGAGAGAAUGGUAUAGACGCAUUAACGACCAUAUGGAAAGAAAACCUACCUCGUAUGGGUGGCUACGUCACCAAGGACGGCCACAUCGAUCUGAAGAGGGUACAGCUCAUCAUGGAUGGCUUGGCGAAGCAGGAGGACGCCAUCUUCAGGCGGAGAAAAGAGCAGGAAGACCGCCGAGAAGCCAAUGCCAAGCGGAGAAAGCUGCAGGACGAGCGGAGUGGCAGAGGGGGCCGUACCGACGCCAGCGGGCGCGGGCGCGGCAAACCACCUCUGGACAACGCAUCCUCUGGGCUGGCCUUAUUUCCUGUCUCUGGCUUCCCCAAUGCUGACCCCAGCGCUGUGACACAUGACAUGGUUGUUGGGCGCUCGUCGAACGCCAACAUCAACGCGAAUGCCGCCAACAAAAGCGCCGCUAAUGUCAUCAGGGAGCGAAUCCAAGCAUCGGGAACCCAGGGCAAAUCGACAAAUGGUGACGCAACAAUCCAUCCAAAUGUCGAAGCACCUGCUGUACCUGAAGAAGGUGCAGCCGCAGCAAGCUCUGUGGUGAAACGCAAGGCGGAUGUUCUGGACGAGCCAUCGCAAUUAACACCCAAUACCGGACCGUCCGCCGCGGAAGAGGCUGCGAUUGAUCACGUUCGAAUGUGGGAGGAAGGUUACGCAGACCGCUACUAUGAGCAAAAGUUCCACGUCGACCGUAAUGACGUCGCCUUUCGUCACAAGGUCGCACAAGCCUAUGUCGAGGGUCUUUGCUGGGUGCUUCUCUAUUACUACCAAGGCUGCCCGUCUUGGGAUUGGUACUAUCCCUACCACUAUGCGCCGUUCGCGGCCGAUUUUGCCGACUUGGACAAGAUCGAGAUCAGUUUCGAGAAGGGACGAAUCUCGAAGCCUUUUGAACAACUCAUGAGUGUUAUGCCAGCUGCAUCUCGCCGUGCACUUCCAGAGGUCUUUCAUGAUCUCAUGCUCAACGAGGACAGCGAGGUCAUAGACUUCUAUCCCCAAGAGUUCGAGAUUGACCUCAAUGGCAAGAAGUUUGCCUGGCAAGGUGUUGCUUUACUCCCUUUCAUUGACAUGCCACGGCUUUUGGCAGCAGUUGAAAAGAAGUAUCCCUUGCUCAGCCCCGAGGACGCUGCGCGUAAUGGAAUCGGUAGGGACGUUUUGUUGCUGUCCGACGCGCAUCACGAGCUUUAUGAAGACAUCACGAGUCACUUCUACUCCAAGAAGCAAGGCGCGCCCACCUUCGGGUUGAAUCCUCGGACCAGUGAUGGCAUGACCGGCCAAGUCGAGAAGAUCGCCGACUAUCUGCCACAUGGGUCCUUGGAGUAUCCUUUAGACAGGAAAUCAAUGCCCAGCCUGGACUACGACCGGUCCCUCAGUGUUUAUUAUGAGUUCCCAACUACAGCCCCUCACAAGUCCAUGCUCUUACGCGGGCUGAAGAUGCCUACCACAGCUCUUGGUCGGUCUGACAUCGAGCAGCUGAGGAACAAGUCCUCUCGCUCGAAUCGAGGCGGAUGGGGCGGCGUCCCUUCGGGACGGUAUAAUGAUGGUGGUCGCGGCCGAGGCCGCGGAGGCGGCUACGGUGGUCGUGGUGCCUUUCACUACGCGGAAUCUGGAGGCAGGACCCAACAACACUCAUCACAUUACCAGAACGGUUCCGCCUCUCGCGACCACUAUGGCGCCCAGAAGGCACCACAUCCGCCUUCAGCGUGGCAACCACCACCACCAGGUCACCCUGGCUUUGGCAUGGGUCUUCCUCCCCCACCCCCUCCAACACACUUCAACAAUGGCCGCCCGAGUACCUAUGGACUGUCUCAUGGAAGUCACGAGGCAUCUCUGCCAUACCAGAACUCGUAUCCCGCCCGAGAAGACUAUGGAUCAAGAGGUCGUGGAGGCUACCAGGCUAGAGGAGCUGGACGUAGUCAGAAUUUCCAUGGCGAUAGGCAACAGCCCUAUCGGAGAUGAAAAUGGCAAAGGUUAAAACCCCGACUAGCGGCUACUAGCGAUUGGAAGUCAACCCAGAUAGGGCUUACACUGUAGGUUGCCAUCAGACAUGUUCCUUUGAUUUCCGUCA